AUGCCUUGGAUUUUUGGCAAGAAGCUACUCUUUGACCGGGCUGUGCAAAGCUUUUCAUUUCCGAAAGCCUAUCCUAUGUCUCGAGACAAUGAUGCAACACUUUCAUUUGAUCGUGCUCUUCUCGCUAGUGCUUCCAGGCACGACAACACCAUCAAGCUAUGGGCCUUCGAGUCCCGCCAACUCCUCGCCUCAUUCACUGACCAACGUGUCGACCUCUUGAUCUUCUCACCCAAGUCACAUCAGUCGGUUUACACCAACUGGGGUGAGACCAACAUAUGCGACCCUCCACCCGACAUCUUUUCCAAUAUCCGGUCUGCACAAGAGGCACAACCUGCAACUACUAGAAAUCCUGAUCUACUCAACUCCGAUGCAACGCGUCGUGCCUCGCGCCGUAAUCCAGCGGUAGUUCCCGUCCCCCGCACUCUCAGGCCUCCGCCUACGAUACGCCCAAAGCAACGCCUCAUUCGCUACCUCCACAAAAUUCUUCCUUUUCGCAGUCCUUCUGUUCGCAAGGAUGAGCCUCGUGAUCCUCUAGAUUUCCCUGCUACAUCGCCCCUACCUCGCUCCCUUUCCGCGCAAGUCAUAACACAGGGACGUUCAGACGCAGAUUUCCGCGAGAUUUCUCGAUCCAUACCACCACCGUUGACUAUCCAAUUCUCUCCUACCACAACCUUCAAAGCCCGACUACAUCACCUAUCAACUUGGUGGCCUGGUCAUUCAUCAUUGCCUAUUGUCUAUACUCCCCUCGCACAGGUUAAAGAGCACAACGCUGCAGCGGGUGCUCCCAAGAAGAAUGGGGACUUGAUACCCUACGAAGACCAUUUUCCCUCUGGUCCUCCUUCACCCUCACCUGAUUCACAGCAACCACCUGGAGCAGCGCCGAUUACCACCGGGGAGCAUGGAAGCGGUAGAUUGUGUGGGUGUUUCUAA